AUAGCAUUGAAAAUCGUAAACUUCCGCUUUAAGAAAAACACGUGUUUUCGUGACUACUUCAGUUUUUAUACAUUUAUUCAGAUGAAAUAACAAUAUGCAUUGAUAAUUUUUGAAAAUAAUAGUAAAAUACAAUACUGAGAGUAUAACUGAUUGUUUAUUCAAUGUUUAAUGUAAUUAUGCCAGCCCCGAGUAAGAUAUUCACAGGGUAUCGUGCUCUUGGAUUUGUUAGCAACCAUGUUCCACUGGCAGUUCGUUACCACCAGAAGCACAAAGAGAAUUAUGUUGUAACUUGUGUCGGAAAAUGUUUCCAUACAUAUAAUUGUUCCAAGCUUGGCAUUGUUAGUGUUAGUGACAGUCACCCUGAGGAUAUAAGUGUUCUAGCAGUGGAUAGAGAUCUUACAUUUACUGCUUGUAGAAAUGUUAUCAGGGCAUUCACAAGGGGAAGGCAGGUUAUACAUGUAUAUGAAGGUCAUACAGCAGAUGUACAUCUAUUGUUACCGUUUGGAAAUCAUCUGAUAUCAGUGGAUGUUGACAGUUCUGUCAUUGUAUGGGAUAUCAAGUCUCAAGGUCAAUAUUCUGAGAUUCAAUUCAACAAGACCAGUUUUGAGAUCACCACAGUGACCCACCCAAGCACGUACCUCAACAAGAUACUAUUUGGUAGCAAGCAAGGCAGGUUGGAGUUAUGGAAUAUCAAGAAAAACACUAUGAUAUAUUCAUUUAAGGGAUGGGGUCAACCAGUUACAGUUGUUGAACAGGCACCAGCCGUAGAUGUUGUUGCGAUUGGCUUAGCUAAUGGACAGAUUAUCAUCCAUAAUCUCAAGUUUGACGAGACAAUUACAAAGUUUUUACAAGACUGGGGUCCGGUCACUACCAUAUCGUUUAGAACAGAUGGUCAUCCUAUAAUGGCAACAGGAAGUGCUACAGGUCAUAUUGCAUUAUGGGAUCUGGAGGAGAGGAAGUUGCGCAGCCAGAUGAGAGAAGCUCACAUGACAUCUGUAUCAGGCAUGCAGUGUUUGCCGUCAGAACCUUUGAUGGUCACUUCAUCUGCUGAUAAUACAUUGAAGGUGUGGAUAUUUGAUUUGCCAGAUGGGGGUGGAAGACUUCUGCGUAACAGGUCAGGACACUCGGCACCUUCCACAAAAUUGAGGCAUUAUGGGACAGAUGGUCAGAACAUUGUUACAGCAGGUCAGGACAGUACAAUGAGGUCAUUUUCCACAGUACAUGACAAGCACCACAAAAGUCUUGGCAGGGCCUCGUACAAUAAGCAGCUUAGUAAGAAGAACACAUUGAAAUAUGAUGAACACAAGAUGCCAUAUAUUGUUGACUUUGCUACAGAACAAACAAGACAGAGUGAUUGGGACAAUAUUCUGGCGUGUCACAGAGGCCUGCGUGUUGUUACUACCUGGAACUAUGUAAAGUCUACUAUGGGUCAACAUAAAUUUGAUCAUAAAAGAUUUACAAAGAAUGCCGCUCAGCACAUGCACACUGUUGCUCAGUGUGUAGAGAUCACAUCUUGUGGUAACUUUGGUCUGAUUGGCUACAGUUCUGGGCAUAUAGACGUGUAUAAUCUACAGUCUGGUAUACAUAGAGGAAGUUUUGAGGAUCAUUCUGGGGAACAGGCCGGCAUUAAACAAGCAAAAGCACACAAUUCCCAUGUACAGGGUGUAGUUGUUGAUGGGUUGAAUCAGCUCGCUAUCUCUGCAGGCAGGGAGGGUGAUAUAAAGUUCUGGAAAUUCAAAGACAAAAAGCUGUUGGACACAUGUAAACUGGACUCCACUGUUUCUAAGAUACUCCUUCAUAGAGAAAGUUCAAUGAUGGCUGUGGCAAGGGACGAUUUCCAUGUUUAUAUUAUAGACAUAGAUACUAGAAAAGUUGUAAGAAAGUUCAUAGGUCACGAUAACAGAAUAACAGAUAUGACUUUCAGUGCAGAUGCAAGAUGGUUGAUCACAGCUGCCAUGGAUUGUACACUCAGAGUCUGGGAUCUACCAACCGGCAGAUUGGUAGAUUGUUUCUUGGUUGACAGUGCUGUAAUGUCAUUGUCAAUGUCACCAAACUACGAUUUCCUCGCCACUUGUCACCUUGACGAUGUAGGGAUCUACCUGUGGGCCAACAAAACACUGUUCUCACAUGUGCCACUUACAGCGUUGCCAAGCAACUAUGAACCACAGAUGAUUGAAAUGCCCACAACCAGGAAACAUACUGCAGCAGAAGAUGUUGACGAGGAUAUUAAGGAAGAGGAAGAAGAAUUCAUCCGUGCCGAGUUCAAAUCUUCCGAGCAGAUCAGUCACGAAUUAAUCACACUUUCGUUACUACCCAACUCUAGAUGGCAGAAUCUGCUUAACUUAGAUGUUAUCAAGCAAAGAAACAAACCCAGAGAGCCACCAAAAGCACCUAAAGCUGCACCCUUCUUUCUGCCAACUGUAGCCGGCCUGGAACCUAAAUUUGCUGUAGAUGAUGAAGGUGCUGGAGAGGGCAGGAACAAGGGUAAAGUCCAGGCAGGAAAUCUUAUGCCAUUAUGUACAUUGGGACAGUUAUUAAAGGAAGGAAGUUCAAAAUCAAACUAUGAUAAAGUCACAGAGUAUAUGAAGAGCCUUGGACCUUCAGCUGUGGAUGUUGAGAUUCGGUCCCUGGCACCAGAGAUGGGUGGCUCGGUGGUAGUCAUGUGCAAUUUUCUACAAUUUGUUCAGUCGGUCUUACAGACCAACAAAAACUUUGAAAUUAUUCAGGCUUAUUUAGGAUUGUUUCUAAAGGUUCAUAGUGAAAUUCUGUCAAGUGAGCCAGAAGUUGUGAAGGAACUAGAGAAAUUAUCUGAUCUACAGUCAACCUCAUGGUGUACUGUACAAGAUUUGUUUAAUCAGACAUUAUGUUUAGUUAACUAUCUUAGAACAGCUGUGUUAUAGUUAUAAAUAAAAUCUGUAAAAAGAUAAAAAUAAA